AUGGUUUAUUAUGGCUAUUAUAGCCAUAAAAAUCCAGCUUAUCAAUAUGACUACAAGACAGAAGGAAUAGAAAGAGAAAACGCUGCUUUUGUUGUGUUAGCGCGCAAUUCAGACUUGAAUGGUCUUCGAGAAUCUAUGCAAAUGAUGGAAGAUCGCUUUAACCACAAGUAUCAUUAUCCUUGGGUGUUUUUAAAUAACGAGCCCUUUGAUGAUAAAUUUAAAGAACUCACAGCCGGCUUAGCUUCUGGCAAGACAUAUUAUGGUGAACUGACGCCUGAAAUGUGGGGAUAUCCUGACUGGAUUGACCAAGAAAAAGCAAGAGAGUCACGCGAACGUAUGGAAGCAGCAGGCAUUAUUUACGGUGGCAUGGAAUCCUAUCGACAUAUGUGCAGAUUUCAAAGUGGCUUCUUUUUUAGACACCCUUUAAUGGACUCGUUUGAUUAUUAUUGGCGUGUAGAACCUGAUGUUAAGUUUUCUUGUGAUGUAGACUACGAUCCUUUUCGAGUCAUGCGUGAAAAAGACCUUAAAUAUGGAUUUGCCAUUUCUUUACAUGAAUAUGAAAGCACUAUUCCUACUUUAUGGGAAACUACCAAGAAAUUCAUGGCUGAGUACCCUCAACAUAUUAUCCCUAAAGAAGACAAAGAGUCCCUUAUGAAUUGGGUCACUAAUGAUGGUGGUGAAACAUACAACUUGUGUCACUUUUGGAGUAAUUUCGAAAUAGGCUCCUUGGCGUUCCUUCGAUCUCAGGCUUAUCUUGAUUAUUUUAAUUAUCUGGAUAAAGCAGGAGGCUUCUUUUAUGAACGAUGGGGAGAUGCCCCUGUCCAUAGUAUUGCCGCUGCUCUGAUGCUAAAGAAGUCUGAAGUGCACUUUUUCUAUGAUAUUGGUUAUUACCAUAAUCCUUUCAAGAACUGUCCCAAUGAACCAAGAUGGCUUUCAGUCGAGAAAUGUAAUUGUGAUCCCGACGAUAGUAUUAGUAAGUAA